AUGGAUGAAUUGUCCGAAAAAUUGAAAUUUGAGCAGCGUAUUUCAUCUGCUUACCAUCCCGAGACAAACGGUCUCGUUGAACGCUUUAAUCAAACAAUUCAGAAAAUGUUGUUCAAAUCAGCUAACGAGGACCACAGCAAUUGGGAUGAAUGCAUUGAUGAAGCUCUCUUCUCGUAUAGAACUCAACCUCAAAAAUCUACAAAAUUCAGCCCCUUCCAAAUCAUGUACGGCCGAAAACACUGGCAAGACUCAACAUUAGAAUUAGAGCCUACUAAAAUCCCUUCUGCAGAUGAAAUAUUUGAACAUUUAUCACAAAUAAGAAACACUGUAAACGAAAAAGUUAUGGAAAAUGUCAAAACAGCUCAAGCAAUUCAGAAAAGCUGGCAGAAAGGGGUCAAAGAUGGAGGCUACCUGGCAAGGACCAUAUUUUAUAUCAGAUAUCGGUUCAAAGGGGACAGUUUCUCUGCAAGACGAACAUGGGAAAGUUCUGAAAACAAAAUAGAAAAUAAGGAAAACCAUGACGGGAGUUCAAAAGCUGUUAAACGGAAGACGCAAGAUGCAGAAAAACCUGACCAAAGAAAAAUAAAACGCGUCAUCAUAGAAAGAGAACACAGUGAUGGUAACUCUCAAGGAAAUGGUGUGCAAAGAAAGGGCAACGAGGAUGCCGAUGAGCUUCCCGAUAUUGAACCAACGGAUGCUAGACGAGAAACCAACGAUGAACUGCCUGAUAUUGAACCAACAGAUGCUGGACGCGUAACCACUGAUGAGCUACCUGAUAUUGAACCAGCACAAAAGAUUCAUUCAGACAUUGCUGUAGAUGAUGUUGCUCUCAGGCUUACCAUUUGGAAGCCAGGGAAGCCGUGGUAG